AUGACGGCGUGGACAGUCUGGAGCCUGCAGGGGCUUCUGCUCUGCCUCCUGCUGGCGACGCUGAGCGGCUCCAGAGGGGCCAUCAUCACAGGGGCUUGUGAGAGAGACCUGCAGUGUGAUCUGGGCUCCUGUUGUGCCGUCAGCCUCUGGCUGAGAGGUCUGAGGGUGUGUGUGCCUCGGGGUGUGGAGGGAGACCAGUGUCACCCCUUCAGCCACAAGGUUCCAUACCUGGGGAAGCGCCAGCACCACACCUGCCCCUGCCGCCCCCACCUGGUCUGCUCGCCGUACUCUGACAACAAGUUCCGAUGCACCGAUGACUUCAAAAGCAUUGGCUUUUAAGGGCUGCAGACAUCACCAAUGCACCAAACCUUGAAUGUAAAAAAAAAAAAAGCACUGUGGGGUGAC